AUGAGAAGAGAGAAGACCUCUCGCCGCCUCCUGACGCCGACCCCGGCGCCGACCCCUGCCGCCUGCCGCACCAUCUCGCUGGAGACGCUGCACAAGCGCCUGCAGAACCGCAAACCGUACGUGAAGAAGCGGCCGCUGGACGGCAACCCGCAGAUGAAGGGCGUCGUACUCAAGACUCUCAUCAAGAAGCCGAAGAAGCCGAACUCGGCCAACCGGCGCUGCUGCCUGGUGCGGCUCAGCAACGGCAAGGAGAUGGUGGCGUACAUCCCCGGGGAGGGCCACAACCUGCAGGAGCACAACAUCGUGCUGGUGCGCGUGGGGCGGCUCCGGGACGUGCCCGGCGUCAAGAUCAAAUGCAUCCGCGGCAAGUAUGACCUCUCGCACGUGGGUGAAGAAGACACCUGA